GCCCAACCUGCAAGUCCCCUUCCUGCUAGGGCACAGAUUGCUGUGGGCAGAGCACAGCCAAGGCAGCACCUGUGCCCAGCAGCCAAGAGGAAUGGUGACAGGGAGACUGCAGAAAUGAGGAUGUAGAGAAGAAUGGAAACAGAUUUAGCAAAUGAGAAACAAGCCAGGUCCCAGGGACGUGAGGAAGAGUGAGAGGAUGUUCUGCAAGCAGCAAAAUAAACAGAAAGAAAAAAAAAAAAGGUUAUGUUUCCUGCAUUAAAUACUGGGGCUGUCAGAGCAUGUAAGUGAGUUGUUGAACUGUACAGAGACUUGCUGAUGUCCACCUUUCCAGAGAGGGUCUGAAAGAAUGAAGUAAACCAAAGGCUCAGCUUGGACUGCAGUAGGGGAAGAAGUUGUUUCAGGAGGAAAAUGGACAAGUUUCGGAUGGUCUUCCAGUUCCUCCAGUCCAACCAGGAGUCCUUCAUGAGCGGCAUCUGUGGGAUUAUGGCCCUGGCCAGCGCCCAGCUGUACUCAGCCUUUGAUUUCAACUGUCCCUGCCUGCCACGCUACAACCUGGCCUACGGGCUGGGAGUCCUCCUGGUGCCUCCCCUCAUCCUGUUCCUGCUGGGCUUUGUGCUGAACAACAACGUGUCCAUGCUGGCGGAGGAGUGGAGGAGGCCCCAAGGCCAGCGGGGAAAGGAUGCGGCCGUCCUGCGCUACAUGUUCUGCUCCAUGGCACAACGGGCCAUGAUCGCCCCGGCUGUCUGGGUGUCAGUGACACUGCUGGAUGGGAAGUGCAUCACAUGUGCUUUCUGCACCGCACUGCCCGUGGAGGUCCUGGGCAAUGCCAGCCACCAUGACCUCCCCCAGGGAGAGGUGAAGCGGGUCCUUGCCCGCAUCCCCUGCAAGGAGAUCUACGAUGGGCAGGAGCUCAUUGCCAAUGAAGUGGCCAUCAGGUACCUGCGGUGCAUCUCACAGGCUCUUGGCUGGUGCUUCGUGCUGUUGAUGACCACGCUGGCAUUCUUGGUCAGAUCCCUCCGGCCCUGCUUCACCCAAGCUGUCUUCCUGAAGAGCAGGUAUUGGUCCCACUACAUCGACAUCGAACGCAAGCUGUUUGAUGAGACCUGUGCAGAGCAUGCCAAGAGCUUUGCCAAAGUCUGCAUCCAGCAGUUCUUCCAGGGCAUGAGCAAGGACCUGGCAGCCACUCACUGCCACCCACCCAGAAAAGCCCCCACAGAUGCUGGGGAAGCUACAGAGAAACUUUUGGGUAUCACCGACUGGAGCACUAUGAACACGGCCCUGAAGAGCUGGCACAGAUGCAAGCCCCCACUGCACCUGCACCCAGCUGUGUCCCACAGCAGCAAUGGCUGGGCUGGGGAUUGGCAGCCCCAAACAAAACCCCACACACAGCCCCCUGCUCCCCGGCGGGAGGCUGUGGCCUACUACAGUGGGGUGUGAGCAAUAGAACAGCCAUGCUUUUGGGAUAAGGACUGUGGGGCGAUGAGCACCCAAAUGGCAGCACUGGCCCCCAGGUGAUUCCAUCUGCUCCCCAUGUGCAGCCCUACAGCCUGCAUAAUGCAGGGAAUGAUCUCUGCGUUGAGCAAGGCACUGGCCAAGAACUCGAUGUGAUAGCUGAGCUCUGGGGAUGCUGGGGUAUGUUGUGCAUCCUGUGGCACCAUGCCACAGGUUUGUGUGAAAGCAGUCGCUGACGUAGAUGUGCAAAACUUCCUUUCUUUCAUCACAUGCACUUCAUGGCCUGUUACAGAGCUGCAGAGGGGAGAGCUCCCUGCAACACCAAGGAGUGCUGUGCAUUUGGGCAGUACUGAAAUAUCCCCAGUAAAGAAUCAAACUGGGCUGUCUGUCUCCCCAUCUCACGCACCAACCCCUACACACACAUGCAGUUUCUAG